GAAGGUCCAUCCAGUGGCUGUGAGUUAACCGGUGACUGUGUUGAAGGUCCAUCCAGUGGCUGUGAGUUAACCGGUGACUGUGUUGAAGGUCCAUCCAGUGGCUGUGCAUUAACCGGUGACCAUGUUGAAGGUGAAAGACGAGUUCUCAGAAAGGGGCGUGAAGUCUCCGGCUCUCCAAAUGCCAGCUCCCGCCCUGCAGCCUGGCUCCACGCAGUGAGAAACCUUAACUGGGAACUUUCUGUUACUUUAAAUAAGAGCUCUGCUUGCCUCGUGCUGCAAGGUGAGAAAUUCUUCUGGAAGAGGAGGACGACAGCGACACUUGGAACUUGCUAGUGUUGUUGGCUCUUUUGGCAGAGAGCACAAACCAGACUGAAAGAGAGUAAAAGCCCUUGUGAGCCUUCAGACUGAAAUUCUGCAGAGGGACAGUGUCACUGGAGAAUGUGAUAAAGCCCUGGUAAUAAGAAGAGCUUCUCUGGAUUGUCUCAUCUCUAAAAGCCAGUCUUUCGUAUCUACUCUGCUUUCUCAUCCCUUUAAGCAUCCGUGUUAUUCAGUGGUCUUUGCUUCAUCUGUUUAUCUCUCUGCCUUGGGUGCCCCACUACAGAAGCUGUGCUGCUGGAAGAAGACCUGGAGAAAGAUGUACUGAAGCGCUAUAGAUUGAAGAAGAAAAGCUUGGAUCCUGUCUCAGUGGCUGCUGUAGCACACGACAUUGGAGACGAGGAGAACUAGAGUAUAUUUGCUGUAGUUCUGGGUUCCUGCAGUGUUCCCUGCUGGCUCAGUGGUUGGUGUCCUCCAUCCCUGGACUUUGCUUGAUGGGGAUCUCUGCUGCAGGAGCAGUCUCUGCACUCAAAGGCAGACAAGCACGGAUAGGGGAGGUCGGCUCUAGAUGCCGGAAAAGCCAUUCGUAUAAGCUCCUGGCAGAAGAUCUCUUUGGGAACAGCUGUUGGCUGUAGGCCCACCAAGCUGAAGGUCAGGAUAGCCUCUCUGCAGCAUGUCUUCCAAGCCAGAGCAGGAACCCCACCAGGCCAAUGGGGCUGUGCUGCCCAUUGUGCCCAUGGACCGUCUCACCAGUACAGACCCCCGGGGGCAGCUGGUGGAGCCCUCGGAUUUCCUAGGACCUGAUGGUGUCGGGGUAGAAGUGGUGGUGCUGGAGUCCCGUGCCAAUGCUAAAGGGGUGCGAGAAGAAGAUGCCCUGCUGGAAAAUGGCAGCCAGAGCAAUGAAAGUGAUGAUACCAGCACAGACCGAGGUCCUGAGCCAGCCUCACCCCUCAAGGAGACCUCCUUUUCCAUUGGGCUGCAAGUCCUCUUUCCGUUCCUUCUGGCAGGCUUUGGGACGGUUGCUGCUGGAAUGGUGCUGGACAUUGUGCAGCACUGGGAUGUCUUCAAAUACGUGACGGAGGUAUUUAUCUUAGUCCCUGCAUUACUGGGCCUGAAGGGGAACCUGGAGAUGACUCUGGCAUCUCGCCUGUCGACAGCUGCUAAUAUUGGCCAAAUGGAUACACCCAAAGAGCUCUGGAGGAUGAUAACGGGGAACAUGGCUCUGAUACAGGUUCAGGCUACUGUGGUUGGCUUCCUGGCCUCGAUCGCAGCAGUGAUAUUCGGAUGGAUCCCAGAUGGGCACUUCAGCAUUGAUCACGCUGUCCUGCUUUGUGCCAGCAGCGUGGCUACUGCAUUCAUUGCUUCCCUUGUUCUGGGGUUGAUUAUGAUUGGUGUCAUCAUUGGAUCCAGGAAGAUGGGGAUCAAUCCUGACAACGUUGCCACACCGAUUGCUGCCAGCCUGGGGGAUCUCAUCACACUGGCUCUGCUUUCGGGGAUCAGCUGGGGCUUGUACAAAGAGCUGGAGAGCAAAGCCUACGUGAAUCCUUUGGUAUGCGCCUUCUUCAUAGCUCUGCUGCCCAUCUGGAUAAUCAUUGCCAAGAGGAACGCUGCCACCCGGGAGGUGCUGUACUCUGGCUGGGAGCCCGUCAUCAUCGCAAUGGCAAUUAGCAGUGUUGGGGGUUUGAUUUUGGACAGAACGGUCUCAGAUCCAAACUUUGCUGGGAUGGCUGUCUUCACUCCGGUUAUUAACGGUGUGGGUGGCAACCUGGUGGCGGUGCAGGCCAGUCGCAUCUCCACUUACCUGCACAUGAGCGGGAUGCCUGGAGAGAGCUCGGAAACAGCCCCUCGCAAGUGCCCCAGCCCCUGCAGCACUUUCUUCGGCUCAGCAGAUGUGAAUUCUCGCUCUGCUCGUGUGCUCUUUCUUCUGGUGGUGCCUGGACACUUGGUUUUCCUCUACACCAUCAACUCCAUGCAAGGUGGACACACUACACUCACCCUGAUUUUCAUAGUCUUCUACAUGACGGCUGCGCUACUCCAGGUUCUCAUUCUCCUCUACAUUGCUGACUGGAUGGUGCACUGGAUGUGGAGCAGGGACCUCGAUCCUGACAACUUCUCCAUCCCAUACUUGACAGCAUUGGGGGACCUGAUUGGAACAGGUCUCCUCGCUCUCAGCUUUCACAUCCUCUGGCUCAUUGGUGACCGGGACUCCGAUGUGGGAGACUAGCUCUCCCUCCUCGUCACAGCUCUCCUCCUCCUUUCAUGUUGUUGUUUCAUUUCCUCCACCCUUGCUCUCCUCGGCUUCCUCUCUCCACCCCGUCUCUCUCAAGACUUCAUCUUUGAUACUGGAUUCUCAUUAUUUUCAAUGGGAAUUUUAUGUGGUUUAUAUUUCAAGCCAAGUUUGUACAGAAAAUAAAUCUAGUUUUAGGGAGGACAAAAAAAAAAAAAAAAGUGUAACGAGACAAUCACCAAGUGCAAUUUCAUCGUAGUUAUGUCUGAACCAAGGUUACAGUGAAGAUACCAGUCGGGGAGCCCACCCCGUCCCCAUUACUAGAGGCGAAGGGCUGCUUUUUUCGCUUCAUAAGCGUUUUAAAUACUGGAGGUAAGGUUCAGGUUUCUCUCACUGAACAGGCACCUUCUAGCCAAGUACAACCUCACGGGUGAGCGCUGGGGUAUCUCCUGUCUUCUCUGCCCUCCUCCCUCGUCUUUGCUCUCUGAAUCCCCCUCCUUUCCCAGCAUCCAAAGCAUGUGAGCCACUGGUAGAGGGAUUAGCAGAGAUGGUGAGGUAGGUUCUUGUGUGCCGAAACACCCAUUCCUGUGUGCCCGCAGGGAAAGCAAGCGAAUACCGGGUUUGGGGAGCGCAGAGCUGAGGUCUGGCUGGGAGCAGGCUGGUCUCUGCUGUCAGAUUCCCUUUUGCCAGCCAGCCAGUGGCAUCUCGAACUGCAUGCUGCUUGUUCGGCCUCGUGGUGUGAACGGAGGUCGCUGACUGCUGCACACAGAGGGAUGCGCUCUGUGCUUUGUCUGAAGAGGCUGUGAACUCUCCUCAUCGUCCUUCUCCCCUUCCUUCCAGCCGCCAGUGCCCUGCUGGAGCCAUCGUGGAUGCUGCGUGCAAGCCCCUUCUUCACACUGGUAUGGGCACAGCUUUAUUUUCAUGGCAGCCCACUCAUUUCAGUUGAUUUCUCUUUCCUGGAGAGGUGGAUGGAAAAAACUAGAUCCUAUUUUGUGUGUUGAGAUUUUGUUUCAGUUGCUGAGUGCUGCUGACGGGCCCAUUGCAGCGGGGCAGAAGCCACCCAGUACCUCUCCACUUGAGCCUGAGGUAUUUCACAGCUUUGGGCUCUUGGUGUCUCUUGGAAAAGGACCGUGAUGUUCAGCCGCUGGAUUUCUCUGUAGAUACCAGCUGUAAAACAUGUCAGCGGGUGCAGUCAGAUUCCCCAAGCCCUGGUUCCCGGCACAGCUCUGUCGCAAAGGAACCCGUUUGCUCUUGAGCGAGCGUGUAAAACCUGGCACCAGUAUUAGCACGCAGCUUGCAAGCGCUGACCGAGCACUGCGAGUGCCGAGUUCCUUGCUCUUUUCUUUCCCUUCUGCUUUUUGUGCUGUUCGGCUCGGUGAUGGCAGAGCUGCCUUCCCUUCCGCUGCUGGUGCCUGUCGGAAGGACUCAUAUGUGAUGAGAGAGAACCUGUUGUGGCUGUGUGACCGAGGCGUUUGUAAAUGAUCUUCCUGAGCGCUGUUGGCACUCGGCGGUUUUUAGUUCUCCCAUUUGGAUAUAAAUCAAUUCGGUAAACUGAGUGCAGUUUGAUGUAAGCAGGUCUUAUUGACUCCGAGGCUUCCCCCGGUUACACCAAGUUUAAACGAUGUGCUCGAGCGCUAAUGAACAGUUUCUAACGCAUGAAUAUAAAUCGAAUGCAGAAGCGUGCAUGAGGCAAAAGCUCUGAACAUCUGUCAGAGAUGGGGAAAACGCAGCACAUCCCGUGGAGCUGAACUGCAGUGCUGCAUUGCGCAAAGCUUGGGGAGCUGCCAGUAUCUUCCCAAACACUGAGGGAUUGCCUACAGUAUUUGUCUUGCAUCCUGAUCCUGAAAUGGUGGCAAAGCUCUCGGUUUAGUUGGCUGUGCCGGCCCUGCAGUUCUGCCCUGCCCUGGACGCUACCUGUCCUGAUUAUUGCAGUUCCAGAAUAUAACCUGAAAGCUGCUGGAUUUGUGGGUGUCUGCUUUUCCUCUCUCUUUAGGUGUGUUCCUCACAGCAGAAUGUGACCAUCUUUGUUGGACCCGAUUUCCUCCUUUGGGUUAACUUCUAUGUUUCUCACACAAACCCAUGCUUGUCGUCUUCUUUUGGCUUUCUGUCCCAGCAACGCUGUGUGCUGCUGCUCAGCUGGGAAACGGUGCGAUGGAAUGCUGAUCUUCAUCUGAAGUAAGGCCAAGUUGGAAGAUCAGUUUGUUAUUCUGGACAAAGCCAGAACUAUCUGAGCUCUAGAAAGCCCUGCCUAAGUGCAGGCGGUUUUGCUUUUGGGGGGAUUCGUGAGGUGCAGAUCGUGCCUCCCUCUGGGAAUAGCUGAGAGCAUCCCCUAUGGUCCAAGUCAAGUUUGGGAUCGGGCACUAUCCCAGCCCGGAGAUCUGGUGCAGGGCUUGUCCUUACUCUGGAAACGAGCAUGUUGGAAAGGAAGGUCAAGAUUAGUGCGUAGGAAGCCAGUUCUGGAAAGGCACAGGAGUAGAUCUAUCCAAACCAAACAGCAGUCGGGCUCUUGCCUGACUCUGGAAGGACCUCCCUGAAGCUGUAGAUGGAUCCUUCCCUGCUCCACUGGGUGUGCACCGAGUUCUCCUCCUGCCCAAGCUGUCCGUGGUGUUCAGGAGGCAGGGAUGGGAUCCUUGUCUUCUCGGACCUUCACGAGAGCAGGUGAUAUAUUUUUGAGACCAUUUUCCUCUUCUGCCUUGCUAACAUAACCCCGGGCUUGGUUUCCCCUUCCCCAUCCUCACAACACAUCCUUUGUGGCAGCAGCUCUGAACCUUGUGCUCUCCACCCUGGUGAUGUGACUCCUCACAGCCCUCAUUUGGCCAAAGCUCUGUUCAAACCAAACCAAACCAAACCACAGACCAGCCCUCAGACCAGGCUGUACGGAAGCCUCGGCCCAGGGACUUCUAGAGGAUUCCCUGCUGCUCACCUGACUUCUCUGCCUAAAGCUGAGGAAUAGAGACGAGUCUGCCUUCCUUUAACAGUAAAGCUUUUAUAGAUCUAUUUUCCGGGUCUUUUGGGCGUCACAUCACCAGUUCCCCGCAGAAAGAUUCCCCAGAGGAAGGAUCUUCCUUGCAUGGUCUGCUUUAAAUCGAAGAGACACAGAGGUGGCUGGGAGCUGCCACACUGCCGGGAUGGGGGUUCUGUACAUUCUUUAGGGUCUAAGGUUUGUGAGCGGAAUAGUUCAGGGUAAAAUCUAAUUUAAAACUGAAGAAUAUUGAUGGUCAAAACCUUUUCCCACCAGUUGCACUCGAACGCAUGCCUACUCUACAGCUGACUGCAAGUGAAAAAAUACUGGUUUACUCUUUUUAUUAAAGGAAAAAGACUGUCUUAAUUAUUUAUAGUUCCUAUAACUGAAUUGACAGAUGUAAACUUAACGGAUAAAUUAUAUUUGGUUAAAUAAAGAUGACAUUUAUUUAUUUGGACUGCGC